AUGACGUUUUUGCAAAUUCUUUUAUACGCCAUCAUCGCACUGGUGACAGUGUGUUUAUAUUCCAUCUAUAAACACUACAACUACUGGACGGAGCGCGGUGUGGUACACGAUAAACCAGAUUUGUUUUAUGGUAAUAUGAGAGCAGCCGGCAGAACACAGCCACUCAAGCAGACAUUUCAUGAAUUCUAUCAAAAGUACAAAGGCAUAGCCCCAUUUGGUGGUUUCUAUUUGAGUCUGAGAAAGGCCAUUGUUUUGUUUGACCUUGAGCUAAUCAAGCGCGUUAUGAUAACAGAUUUUCACAAUUUCUCACAUCGUGGCAGUUAUUACAAUGAAGAGGGGGAUCCACUGUCGGCACACUUAUUUAAUUUGGAUGGACCCAAAUGGAAGGAAAUGAGAACUAAACUGACGCCCACAUUUACAUCGGGCAAAAUGAAAUUUAUGUUUUCCACUGUGGUGGAGGUAGGCGAACGUUUUGUGGCCGUGCUCAAAGAAUUAUUGGAAAAAAGUGAUGAGGAGGGAAUUGAGAUACGUGAACUUUUGGCCCGAUUCACCACUGAUGUAAUUGGGUGUUGUGCCUUUGGUCUGGAAUGCAAUAGUCUCAAAGACCCCAAUGCCAAAUUUCGUAAAAUGGGACAAAAAGUAUUCUCCAAACGGCGUCAUGGUCGCAUGGUGUUUGCCUUUGCCCAAGCAUUCCCGAAUUUGGCCAGGAAAAUGGGUCUUUGUUUUGUACCCGAGGAUGUUAGUGAAUUCUUUAUGAAAGUGGUGCGAGAAACUGUUGAAUAUCGUGAGAGGGAGAAGAUACAAAGAAAUGAUUUCAUGAAUAUUUUGAUUGAAUUGAAAAAUCGCAACGACAAGGAUGGCUUGACUUUGGAACAAAUUGCAGCCCAGGCAUUUGUUUUCUUUUUGGCAGGAUUUGAGACCAGUUCAAGUACUAUGGCAUUUGCUCUAUAUGAAUUGGCAAUGAAUGAAAAUAUGCAAAAUCGGGCAAGGCAGGAAAUCAAUGAGGUAUUGGCGAAGAACAACAAAAAAUUGACUUAUGAGGGAGUCAAGGAAUUGAAAUAUUUACAACAAAUUUUAUAUGAAACCAUGCGCAAAUAUUCGGUAGCUUCGUUGGUUAUACGCAAAGCAUUGGCAGAUUAUCCUGUACCGGGUAGCAAGCAUGUCAUUGAAAAGGGCACUGUUCUUAUUAUACCCAUUGACGCCAUACAUCAUGAUCCCACAAAUUAUCCAAAUCCAUCGGAAUUCAUACCAGAACGUUUUACCGCAGAAGAAAUUGGAAAACGACACUCGAUGUCUUGGUUGCCAUUUGGUGAAGGACCACGUAAUUGUAUUGGCUUGAGAUUUGGUAAAAUGCAGGCCAUGAUUGGUUUAGUGUUGCUGUUGUCAAAUUUCAAAUUUAGUUUGACUCCAAAGACACCGGUGCCGUUGGUCUUCGAUGAACAAACGUUCGUUUUGACCGCAAAAGGAGGGAUUUAUUUAAAAUUAGAGAAAAUCGAAGAGUAA